CUGGAGAGCAAAAUGACAGCUGGUUUGUUGUUAUCAACAAGGAAAAUUCAAAGUACACGUUAAAGUGCCAUGUGCUGACAGCUCUCCCAAGUUUUCCUGGCCUGUCCUGAUCACAUCCUGACGCCUGAUCAAAGAGGGGCUAGCAUUUCUUCUGGACGUAUCUGUCAGCCCUACCAGCCACUCUGGAGCCAACAGUAGUAACAGAGACAAAGACUGUGAGCAGUGACUGUGGUCAAAUCAAGGAAAGCAUCUCUUCAGCUGAGGCAGGGGCAGCCCAGCGGGACGGAGCUAUGGAGCCACCUGAAGACACAGAAGGCCGUUCCUUUGUGGAGGUGAUGAGUGAAAAGUACAGCCCUGAGAACUUUCCAUACCGCAGAGGGCCUGGCAUGGGUGUGGUGGUGGUGCCCACGGUGGGCCCUCAAGGCUCCCCCAUGAAAGAUCGCCUGAACCUGCCCAGUGUGCUGGUGUUGAACAGCUGUGGGAUCAGCAGGGCGGGAGAUCAGGCUGAGAUCGCUGCCUUCUGUGCCCAUGUCAUGGAGCUGGAUUUGUCUCACAACAAGCUGCAGGACUGGCAUGAGAUCAGUAAAAUUGUCUCCAACAUCCCCAACCUGGAUUUCUUGAACCUGAGCUCCAACCCCCUGGCGGGAAUGACCCUGGAGCGGCGGUGUGCUGAAGCCUUUUCUCGGGUCCGACGCCUUGUCCUCAAUAAUACUCAGGUGUCCUGGGACACUGUGCUGCUGCUAACCAGGGAGAUGACAGAGCUGGAGGAGUUGUUUCUGUGCCUUAACGAGUACAGUAGUGUGAGUGCCCCCAGCGUGGUUUGUCCCACCCUUCGCCUGCUACACAUCACCGACAACAGCCUCAAAGACUGGACUGAAGUACGCAAGUUUGGCUCCAUGUUCCCCAGCCUGGACACUCUGGUCAUGGCCAACAACAACCUGGGCUCCAUCCAGGACAACAAAGACAUCCUGCAACGGCUCUUUCCUAAUUUACGCAGCGUCAACCUGAACAACUCAGGUCUUAACCAAUGGGACGACAUUGAGAAGCUAAACUUCUUCCCCAAGUUGGAGGAGGUGCGGCUUCAGGGUAUUCCCUUACUGCAGACCUAUACCAAUGCAGAGCGACGGAGCCUCAUGAUAGCACAGCUCCCUUCAAUAUCCAUCCUCAAUGGCAGUGUUGUGACUGACAGUGAGAGAGAAGAUGCAGAGAGGUUCUUCAUCCGUUACUAUUUAGACUACCCUGAGGAGGAGCUGCCUUACAGAUACCACUCUCUUGUGACCAAAUAUGGGAAACUGGAACCCCUCGCUGAGAUCGACCUCAGACCUCGCUGUCGUGCCCAGGUUGAGGUUCACUGUGAGGAAAAAGUGCAACAGCUGAACAUCCGUUUAGACCAGACGGUAGCCGAGCUGAAGAAGCAGCUGACGACUGUGGUGCAGCUGUCCACCAACAGUAUGAGGCUCUACUACAUCGACAAGUGCAGCGCUUUUGGUCCUGAGGAGAUGAAGUACAACACCCGGGCUCUCCACUCAUACAGCAUCCAGGACGGUGAUGAAAUACUGGUGGUGCCAAAGACCAAGUGAGCGUCUGGUGUCAAACCGUCUGAGUGGAGGAAUUCACUGAUUGCUCGAUUAAUUGGAUUAUUUGCUGAUUGGUUAACUGAAAUCACAAAAUCACUGGUAUAUGGAAAAUAGAGGCCCACUUGUUAGAGCUUAAACAUGAAAAUGAUGCAACAACAAUAAGAAGACUCCAGAGGACUUCAGUGAGCUGCUGGGAGGCUCUGGCUGGAAACACAGCCAUUCAGGAGAGCAUUUUGUCUUUAUUUAUUUAUUUCAUCUUAAUUUAAGAGGAAUACACUGGAGUUGGUGGACCAGUCUGUCAGUCUGAAGAAGAGGCCAAGAGAGCAGCUUACAAUCUGCUAGCAGUGUAACCAGAGGAGGCGAGAGCUCUGCUGUACCAGCCAAGCAGCUCUGUGUCUAAGUUCACAACAUUUACCAAAGCAACACCGGCUUGCCCACAUCGCAAAAGCUACCGUGAUCAGUAGUGAGGCACCGCUGCACUCAACUGCACUUCUAAAGUGGGCACAAUAUCAGGAAGAGCAUUUCUUAUUGAAGGCAUCCAUAUCUGUAACACUGAAAUGCGGAGGAUUGGUGUUGAACCUUGCAUUUUUAAGUCUCAUUUGGUUGUUUUCUUGUGUUUUUGUUCCUACAUUGACAUGGUUAGAUGAUGCUAAAUCACACUGAUACUGUUUGAUUAAAUACCAAAAAGGCCGUAAAGUUAGCGUUCCUUCCAGGGACAAUCAGAGUGAAAUUUGUCCAAGAAAAAGUAAUCAAAAAAGAUAAAUCCAAAAAAGGAACUUCAGCUUAAAAUAUGUCCUUGUGUUUUUCAUGGUUUUCCUAAAAGAAAAGUUUAAAAAAGUGUAACUACUCACCUUCAAGAACAUUCACCAUCUAUGAAGAUAAUUAAUAAUAGACUUUUUUUUUUUUUAACCUUGCACAAUACCACAACACAAUCUGGUUGCAGGCUACUCUCACAGACCAUUCAUCUGUUAAUCUAUUUCAGAACCGAAGUGCAGGGAUUGAAUUAUGUAUUGACCAUUUUCAGAAAAAGUAACACAAUCAGAGGCUCACUUUGGCGUCAUUAUCUUUAGCUAAAGCUAACAUAGCUACACUAGCUAGGUAAUAAACGUUGCUACAUAAGCCAAUAUAGCUAAGUCAGCUUUUGCAAUGUGAGCUUUAGCAAAAAUAGCUAAAGCUAUGUAAAGAGCGUACCUAUGUAAAAUAUGUAGCUGCUUUGUGAGUUUAUUUUAACUACGUAGCUACAUUUUCUACAUAGCUACAUGAGCUACACUUGCUGCGUUCGAAACAUUUGAAUGUAAGAGGGACAAGCUUGUUUCCUGUAAGUAGACUGUUUACCAGACAUUAUUAAACAUUUUAUAAUUAGGUUUUGCAGGUCAGGUUUUUAAUUUUUAAGUUUUGGUAUCCUAACCGUUAUGUUAACCCUUACCCUCACCCUAAACGGAAGUUAAAUCCAAUUUAUUGCAAAUGCUUUUGCUGUAUUUCUAUUCCGAAAGAGGCGGCAUCUCAGAUUAACGGUCUGUGAGAGUGGCACACCGUCUCCACAAUGCUGAUUUGAAAUUUGAAUGAUAAGUUGAUUUGUAUGAAGGAAGUUGAGGCACUUUCAGGGAAAUUUGUUCAUGCAAAAGGAUUAUGAAACCUCCACAUGGAGCAGUAGAACAGCAGUGGCUUGAUCUUUGAUUUCUAAAAUCUGACAGCGUAAAGACUGUUUAAUGGUUGAUGGUUCUUUACUACAGAAGUGUAUUGCAUUCACAUCAGAAAAUAGAAUUCUCUGUUGCUAUGUUUUUCUGAGUUAAUGAAAUACAGCCCUGUGUCACAGCUGAAGUUAAGUUAAGUUACAGUUGAAAUAAGGCAACAAGUUACAGGUUAAAUCCUUUUUUUGUCUGUGUAAAUACCAAUAGAUGACAAUUAUUGAACCUACUUUCAGGCUGCUGAACACUACACGUGUAGUUUCUGCUUAUUUUUUCUAAUCAGCCAAACACACAGCAGCAAACAAUACAUUGUAGGCAUGUAGACAUGGUCACGAUGACUUGCUGAAUUCUUAUAUGAAUUUGGCAAGCUUUUGUGUUUUCUACAACCCUACCAUUCAAAUUUUACAGCACAAAUUAAGACUCAUUAUACCAGGCAAUCUUACAUUGUCUGGUUUUGCUAAAUUUCUGUGAACUGUAGCUUCACUUUGACCUUCUUAGCUAAAAGUGUUAUCCGGGGUUGUCUUCUGCUGCUUUAGCUGUCUGCUUAAAGGUUUGGUGUGUUGUGUUUCUUCUCCAUUCUGAUGCUUAGUUUGCAUUCCAGCAAAUCGUCAUCACCAUGUCUACAUGCAUAAAUACAUCAGUUCUUGCCUAGUUGAUCAGGUUUUAUGUCAAUAAGCAGUUGAACAGCAGUUGUAUCUAAUAAAAUGGUCGUUGUGUAUGAGUGACCUGCAAAAAUUAUCUCCAGUAACAGCACUGUUAUAAACACAAAUUUGUUAAUACUGGUGCCUUUGCCAUUUUGAAUCUGUUAACUUUUCCAGCCAUGGCAAACUGUGGUGAUACACUCACAUUACCAAAUCACUCAUCUGGGGCUGCCCUCUAUGUGUUCAACACCCAUUCAACAGUAACAUUGUUAUCUCACUUGUAUCUCAGAAAAAAACUGUGCUGAUUUUAUUAGUUCAUAAAUGUAAUUCUUUUAUUUCUACAAGCAGAUUUUCAUUUUCCAGUGUGAAUGCAAGAAGCUAAAACUAUCUCUGAAAUACAGUCUAGUGUAAGGCUAUGCAGUGCUGUACAGACUAAAAGAAAAUAAAAUCACUGCAUAAACUAGCUGGCAACCAGACUGUGAAAUAGAUGUAGUGUGUGCAUUCCUAUUGGUCUUUGUCUGCACUCGUCCAGCUGAACUUUGUAUGAAGUGUCGCAGAUUUAUUUCAUAUUUAGGUUAACCAAGAAGGGGAGCAUACUGUAAUCUAUGACAGUAGUCUCUAGCCUUUAAGUUAUAAAAGCAUGCAUUAGUCUUUCUGCUUUGUACAGAGAGAGAAAUGGCCUUUUUCAAUGUUUUCCAAAUUGUGAAAUGUUGUUUCUGCAACACCCCACACGUGAGCCUUAAUAUUUAAAUCUGAAUCAAAAAUCACCCCAAGUUUUUUAUGCUUUUUGGCUUAGGUCAAGUCUUAUUUUAUUAUUUUUAACCACAACAAUAAAUAACAGUUGGCUCUUGGAUGCCAUUUUGAAGUCUGUGAAUUUUUCUAUUAGAGAACCAAAAACAAUCUCAGUUGAAAAAAAUUCCACAUCAAGCAUUAUUGAUCAACAUCAUUAGCCAGAUUAGCAUGCAUCAAUAUCAAACACUGACUGUGAAAUCAGGGUUUAGGCUUAUUACAAUGCUGAAACAUUUCUUUUAGGACUGUUGUGAUUUUUCAUGUCGCAAUCAGAACAUGUUGUCAGGCAAUGCCCUGAAGCAGGGGUGUCCCAACUUGGGCCGCAUUCAGAAAAAUGUAAGGCUGACUGGGCCACUUUGGUAUACCUCACCUUUAGCGUGUUUAUGUAAGUAAAACCAAUCUGAUGCACCAGUAGUUUAAGAUGUGCUUAGUAUUUAAAUAUGCUUGAAGAAAAAUAACAGCCUCAUCAAUGGCUAACAAUAGAAAUAGCCAAUCACUGUCAAGGAUUUCAGGCCAGAUGAUCAGGUUCCGUGGGGGGCUUGGUCAGCCCUUACAACUGGAUCUGCCUUUGAUUAAGAUGAAAAUGAUACUUCAUGCAGCAGGGAGGGGAGACGCUGACAUUGUACCUCCACAGUCAUGCUCAAAAUGAGCAAACUGCAUGAAGCUGCCAACUGUAAUAGUAAUGUUUGCUCUUAAAGAUGAUUAGCAUGCUUUGUAAAUCAGACCCUAAGAUGGGUCAGACAACGAAGCACACAAGCAAUGUUAUUGGCUCCUGUAAUCCUGUUGUUUUCAUUUAUCAUGACAUUAUGAAUUGAGGCAUGAUUGUUUUGAUUGUUGAUAUGAUUUCCAAUUAUCCUGCUUUUUAAAUAUAAGCCAUGAAAAAAUGACAAAUUCUCUUGUCAAAAUGUUUGUUUACUGAAUGUAUACAGCAGCACCAUCUAGUGUUGGAACUAAAAAAGUACAAGAUAGUAAAGUACAGUGGUACAGUUGAGCACAAGCUUCUUGGUCUACUGUGGGCCAUAUUUAUUUAUUUAUUUAUUUUUGCUGCAAGCAAAUAAAAAAUGGGCCACAUUUGGCCCCAUAGUUUUGACACCCCUGCCCUAAAGCAUUGCCUGCUUUAUUGUCUGAUUUACUGUA